UCUAAAUUCUCUUCAACCCCUUUUCUGAGGUGUUUCACAGUGCAUUCAUCUUCAAAUUCUUCUUCAGUCCCAAGCCAUGAGCAUGUUUCUCAGCUCAUUCUAGACCAAAAAUCCGCUUCCAAGGCGAUUGAAACCUUCAGAUGGGCCUCCACAAUCCCAAACUACGUUCAUUCUCAAUCCACAUACCGCGCCUUGAUCCACAAGCUCUGUGCUUUUCGGCGUUUCGACAAUGUCAAGCAACUGCUCGACGAAAUGCCCAACUCAAUAGGCUCUCCCCCCGGCGACGACAUCUUCAUCACCAUCAUCCGUGGCCUCGGCCGUGCCGGAAUGAUUAGAAGAGUCCUCAAAGUUGUUGACUUGGUGUACAAGUUUCAUGGCAACCCAUCUUUGAAGAUUUUCAACUCAAUUUUGGAUGUCCUUGUCAAGGAGGACAUUGACAUAGCUAGGGAGUUUUAUAGGAAGAGUAUGAUGGAAAGUGGGGUUGAAGGGGAUGAUUAUACUUUUGGUAUUUUAAUGAAAGGGUUAUGUUCCACAAAUAGGAUAGGUGAAGGUUUUAAGCUUUUGCAGCUCAUCAAGUCUAGGGGGGUAACCCCGAACACUGUGAUUUACAACACUUUGCUCCAUGCACUUUGUAGGAAUGGGAAAAUUGGGAGGGCUAGGAGCUUGGUGAAUGAGAUGGAAGAGCCCAAUGAUGUUACCUUUAAUAUUUUGAUAUCUGGGUAUUGUAAAGAAGAGAAUUUGGUUCAGGCUCUUGUGCUGCUGGAGAAGAGCUUUGGCAUGGGUUUUGUGCCUGAUGUUGUUACCAUAACUAAGGUGGUGGAAAUUCUAUGCAAUGCUGACCGUGUAACAGAGGCUGCUGAGCUUUUAGAGAGAGUUGAGGGCAUGGGAGGUUCACUCGAUGUUGUGGCUUACAACACCUUGAUUAAGGGGUUUUGUGGAGCGGGAAAAGUGAAACUUGGACUUCAUUUCCUGAAGCAGAUGGAGAGUAAAGGCCAUCUUCCGAAUGUAGAUACCUAUAAUAUACUGAUAUCUGGUUUUUGUGAGUCUAGGAUGUUGGAUUUGGCUCUCAAUCUUUUUAAUGAUAUGAAAACAGAUGGGAUCAAAUGGAACUUCAUUACGUUUGAUACAAUAAUUAGAGGUUUGUGUUCAGAAGGAAGAAUCGAAGAUGGUUUUUCUAUUUUGGAGCUAAUGGAGGAAAGCAAAGAAGGCUCUAGAGGGCACAUCAGUCCUUAUAAUAGCAUACUAUAUGGUCUAUUUAAACAAAAUCAUUGUGAUGAGGCAGCUGAGUUUCUAAUAAAGAUGGCAAAAUUGUUCCCUAGAGCUGUUGACAGAAGCCUGAUGAUUUUAGAGCACUGCAAGGAGGGGACUGUUGAGGAUGCAAAGAGGGUAUACGAUCAGAUGAUUAAUGAAGGUGGAAUUCCAAGUAUUCUAGUUUAUGACUGCCUUGUUCAUGGAUUUUCCCAAGAAGGUAGUGUCCGAGAGGCAGUUGAGCUGAUGAAUGAAAUGAUUGCUAAUAACUGUUUUCCCGUUCCAUCUACCUUCAAUGCUGUCAUCACUGAGUUUUGCAGACAAGGAAAAGUUGAGAGUGCCUUGAAGUUCAUGGAAGACAUUACCGCAAGAGGUUGUGUACCCAAUACAGAAACUUACAGUCCUUUGAUUGAUGUCCUAUGUAGGAAGGAGGACCUUCAGAAAGCCUUGCAGGUCUUUAUAGAAAUGGUUGGGAAGGGCAUCCUUCCCGACCUUCUUAUUUGGAAUUCACUGCUACACAAUCUGAGCCAAGAAAAACAUUUCAGUAAGAAAAUGUUCAACAUAGAUGACCUACUUUAGUGAUCUCUGCUCUGGUGGAUUAGGGAAAAUUUAAAUUUGUUCCCAGUGGUGGUUUCACUUGAACAACUGUGACAUCAGCUUGCAGCAUUAUAUUGUCAAUACCAUAUGGGUUAUUGGUUUUAUGUGGGAAAUUUCGUAGAUUAUUUCUGGAUGGAUCAUCUGAAUUCAGCAGAAGUAGUUUGUCCGGUGUAAUUUCAGAUUUUUUGCUGAACUUCAAGGAAGAUAUUAGUAUACACCAUUAUAUUGAUGACUGACACAGAUAGCCUUAGAUAUACUGUACUCUGUCCCCCAUAGUGAUAGAGAUUUGUGCAAACUAGCCUCCGCAAUUAAUUUCUUAGGUUAACACUCUUAAUACUCAC